AUGGCGUCGAAUGAGGAACUUGCUGUGGUGACGAAUCAGCUGUUAGAAAACGGUCCGUCAGUUUUUCUUGACGCCUCUGAGAUUCUUCUGAGAUUUGCUAACAACAUUAUAAGAAGCCCAAAUGUCUCCAAGUUCCGCUCUAUACGUCUUGGGAACAAGAUCUUUGAGAAACGGAUCCUACCGGUGUCUGGUGCUGUGGAGUGUUUAUUCCUGAUGGGGUUUGAAGAGAAUGAUGAUCACUUAGUCUUUCCAGAGAACGCUGUGCAGAAGGAUAUGAUUAAGAUGCAGGAGAGAUUAGCCAGAGAACGACUGAAACUCAUGGCAAAACAAAUAUCCGCUUCCAGUACAUGGAAUAUACAGGCCUCAGAGUUGACUUUUCAUCAGCGGUUACGUAGCAGCGCUGAACAUGUGCUAAUCUACGAAGACCCAAUCCUACAGCAGAAAGCCAGAGACUGUAUGGCCCUACCGAAACUACUACGGAAGGCUGCUGAGAGUCUUCAACAACAGGCUGCUAACACAACCGGCACAGAUGACAUCACAAACCCUCUGGACCAACGUGACUUACUGCUCCUUGAGCUCCUCAAAUGGUUCAAGACAAGUUUCUUCAAGUGGAUGGACAGCCCGACCUGCGAGACGUGCAAUAUCCGUAUGAGGAGCGUUGGCCUGGUAGAGCCCAAUGCUGAGGACCGCCGAUGGGGCGCUGGCAGGGUGGAGGGGUACACAUGUACAAGGUGCAAUAGACCGGAGCGAUUUCCAAGGUACAACCAUCCAGGCAAGCUUUUAGAGACCAGGAAAGGACGAUGCGGUGAAUGGGCCAAUUGUUUCACAUUGUGCUGUCGAGCAGCUGGAUUUGAGGCUAGGCACAUUGUUGACUGGACAGAUCACGUCUGGACAGAGGUAUAUUCUCAAUCCCAGCAGAGAUGGCUUCAUUGUGAUCCGUGUGAGAACGUCUGUGAUAAGCCUCUACUGUAUGAACGUGGCUGGUCCAAGAAGUUGUCCUACCUGAUUGCUUUCUCCAAUGAAGAGGUUGUUGAUGUGAGCUGGAGAUAUACAGCUAAUCCGAAAGACCUCCUGGGAAGAAGGAAAGAGUGCCGAGAGGAAUGGCUGAUGGACAUCAUAACCACUAUGAACAGAGAGAGGCAAAGAAACCUGAUGGAAUCUCGUAGGGCUGUUCUAGAACAGCGCUCCGCCGUAGAGCUAGCCGAGUUCCUCUCGCCCAAAGUCAUCAGGAAUGGUGAGGAGCAGGGUAGACUCUCUGGCUCUAUAGCGUGGAGAUUGGCCAGGGGAGAGACAAGGGGUGAUACAAGGGGUGAUACACUGCCGACGAAUGAGGAAGGCGUGGCUGCAACAGCAUCUGAGGGUUAUGUCUUCAAGUUGACUCCAGGGGAGACGUCCCAGAAGUGCUUGCAUCUCAAGUACUGUCCCGCCUCCGAUAAGUACAUCCGCAUAUCCAGUGACAGCCAGCAGACAAAGGAUUAUCGGACUUGUGUUUAUCAAAGCCAAAAUAUCUAUCGCAAAGAGGAGUACGACUGGAAUAUGGUUUAUGUUGCUCGAGACAGUGGGGAUACACCUGGGCACAUUGCCUGGCGUUUUGACCUCAAGGAGUCGGGACUUGUUGUAGAGAGUAUCACUAUCGCUGUUGCCGCCAAAACUUACCAAAAUGGGAAAGUCGUCUGGAAGGUGUUUGCCGAUGGUAGACCUCCAAAGGAGCUGCCAGUCAAUGAAGAAAUCCAAUUCACAACAAUUACCGCUCCGAUUUCCGGCGAGGACACCGUUAACCUGAGUGCCGAUCUCACGGGGGGAACCGGUGAUGUUGCCUACCAGCACGCUCAGAUUUUCCGCAUUGGCUUGGAAGAUUACGACAGGUACCCUCUGGACAUUAUGAUAAGGCUAAAAGCUAAGUAGGGGCUGUACAUACAUGAGCCAGUCAUGGAAUUGUUUUAAGCUUAAAGCCAGAGUCAAACUGCAGCUAUAACGAAAACGAUAACAAUCACCAUGCAAAGAGAUCAUAUUCUAUUGGUUGAAUUAGCGUGUGCGUAUUCUGUG